UUAAAGGAAGUGCUGCAAGACACAGCCAAGCAGAGGGCCGGUUUAAAUCAUCUCAGUCCAGGGAUUGAGCGAGAGGGGAGGAGAGUGAAGGCUGGCAGGUCGGCACUGGAGAUGGGCAGCACCGUAGGACUCUGCUCCAGUCCAAGGGCUUGGGGAUGUGGCUGGAAUGUCACCCGACUCCUGUGCUUUGCUGCCGUUAGCUGGGUGCUCGUGACUCAGAUGGAAGUGGGAGCCUGGACCUACCAUUAUGGUAACAAAUCUGAUUACUCAUGGGAGCUGGCCAGAAACUUUUGCAGGUCAUUCUACACUGACCUCGUAGCAAUACAGAACCAGGGGGAAAUUGCUUAUCUCAACAGUGUCUUACCCCACUAUAAAACAUACUACUGGAUUGGGAUACGAAAGAUAAAGAAUGUCUGGACCUGGAUUGGUACCAACAAGGUCCUGACGAAGGAGGCUGAGAAUUGGGCUAACAGGGAACCCAACAAUAAAGGGAGGAACCAAGACUGUGUGGAGAUUUACAUAAAGAGGGACCGUGAUGCUGGAAAAUGGAACGAUGAGCACUGCCAAAAGAAAAAGAAGGCGCUGUGUUACCAAGCAUCUUGUCAGCGUUCCUCCUGCAGCCAGCGUGGUGAGUGUGUGGAGACCAUCGGGAACUACACUUGUGAUUGCUACCCUGGUUUCUACGGGCCUGAGUGUGAACAAGCUGCCAAGUGCCCAGUGCUGGAUUCCCCAGACAGAGGCCAAUUAAACUGCACUCACUGGCAUGGAGACUUCACGUAUAACUCCACCUGCGCCUUCUCCUGCGAGACGGGGUUUGUGCUGAAUGGAUCGGGGACGCUGGAGUGCAUGGCUCUGGGACAAUGGAGAGGGCAAACCCCGCGCUGUGAAGGUAGAGGCACAGCGUUUUUGGAAUGUACAUUGCUGAGCUGGGCUGUCAAGUGCCCAGUGCUGGAUUCCCCGGACAGAGGCCAAUUAAACUGCACUCAUUGGCAUGGAGACUUCACGUAUAACUCCACCUGUGCCUUCUCCUGUGUGAUGGGGUUUGUGCUGAAUGGAUUGGAGAAGCUGGAGUGCACGGCCCUGGGACAAUGGACAGGGCAAACCCCGCGCUGUGAAGCUGUUACGUGCCCAGGUUUGGCUGCCCCUGACAGAGGCCGAUUAAACUGCACUCACUGGCAUGGAGACUUCAUGUAUAACUCCACCUGCGCCUUCUCCUGCGAGACCGGGUUUGUGUUGAAUGGAUCGGAGACACUGGAGUGCACGGCCCUAGGACAAUGGACAGGGCAUCCCCCACACUGUGAAGCUGUCAAGUGCCCAGUGCUGGAUUCUCCGGGCAGGGGCCGAUUAAACUGCACUCACUGGCAUGGAGACUUCACGUAUAACUCCACCUGCACCUUCUCCUGUGAGACGGGGUUUGUGCUGAAUGGAUCGGGGACACUGGAGUGCAUGGCUCUGGGACAAUGGAGAGGGCAAACCCCGCGCUGUGAAGGUAGAGGCACAGCGUUAACUGUGGGUUGUUUGGAAUGUACAUUGCUGAGCUGGGCUGUCAAGUGCCCAGUGCUGGAUUCCCCGGACAGAGGCCAAUUAAACUGCACUCAUUGGCAUGGAGACUUCACGUAUAAUUCCACCUGUGCCUUCUCCUGUGUGAUGGGGUUUGUGCUGAAUGGAUCGGAGAAGCUGGAGUGCACGGCCCUGGGACAAUGGACAGGGCAAACCCCGCGCUGUGAAGCUGUUACGUGCCCAGGUUUGGCUGCCCCUGGCAGAGGCCGAUUAAACUGCACUCACUGGCAUGGAGACUUCACGUAUAACUCCACCUGCGCCUUCUCCUGCGAGACCGGGUUUGUGCUGAAUGGAUCGGAGACACUGGAGUGCACGGCCCUAGGACAAUGGACAGGGCAUCCCCCACGCUGUGAAGCUGUCAAGUGCCCAGUGCUGGAUUCUCCGGGCAGGGGCCGAUUAAACUGCACUCACUGGCAUGGAGACUUCACGUAUAACUCCACCUGCACCUUCUCCUGCGAGACGGGGUUUGUGCUGAAUGGAUCGGGGACACUGGAGUGCAUGGCUCUGGGACAAUGGAGAGGGCAAACCCCGCGCUGUGAAGUCAUGAGAUGCCCCAAGCUGAGGGGCCUAGAGCCAAUUCUUAUGAAUUGCUCCCACCGUCUGGGAUCCUUCAGCUAUGGGUCAGUGUGUCGCUUCCGCUGCACUCAGGGCUACUUCCUCAAUGGGACAAGCAGGGUGCAGUGCCAGCCUGAUGGGCACUGGUCAGACAAGAUGCCUGCCUGCCAAGGAACAGGAGUCCCAGUAACUUUCAAUGGGCUUCAGGAGCCUAAAGCUCAGUUUUUUAAAGGAGAGGCUGCUCCCUAUUUCAAGCAAGUCCUGCUUUAUAUGGGUGGUGGAGCUGUGGCCCUUGUGGCCCUGUUGCUGACAGGAAUGUUCAUAGCUCUGCUAAUCAAGCGUCUCAGUGACAAAGAGGAAGAAAAAAUGCUGCUGAAUCCCACCAGUAACCUGGGAGCACCUGGUGUCUUUACAAAUGCAGCGUUUGACUCCAACUUGUAAGCUAAAGCAGAAGAUGCCCCCAGGAGAGAAGAUCACUGGAAGUAAAAGGACCUGAAGAUGGUACUCAUGCCUCAAUCCUUUUAGAAGCUGUUUUUAAACCUUACUCCUCAGCUCAGCUCUGCCAUCAUCUAGCCCAAUAACUCACAGUCACUGACAGUCAGGGAUUAAACUAACUCUGGUGCACACAUCCAGUUCUGAUCUAAAA